CAGCUCGCGAUCCUGAUCGACGCGGACAACACGAGCCACAACAGCAUCGACCUCAUCAUGCGCGAGACCGCGCGCUUCGGCACGCGGUCCGCGCGGCGCAUCUACGGCGACUGGGCGAGCCCGCAGCUCGCGCCCUGGCGCGCGCGCAUCGCCGAGCACAGCCUCGUGCCCGUGCAGCAGUUCAGCCACGGCGGCAAGAACGCGACGGACAGCGCUUUGAUCAUCGACGCCAUGGACCUGCUGCACAGCAACCGCUACCAGGCUUUUGUAUUAGUGAGCUCCGACGCGGACUUCACCAGGCUGGCGACGCGCAUCCGCGAGCACCCGUCGACGGUCGUCGGCGUCGGCCGCGCGCAGACGCCCAAGGGCUUCGUCAACGCGUGCAACGCCUUCAUCACCAUCGAG